AUGUCCAUAAACGAGGUUGAUGUGAAGAAUGAUUCUGAUAAUGAUUUGGGUGAUGAUUUCGAUUAUCAACCGAAUGUAGAAGAUGAUGCUGAAGACGACGAUGUGGAUUCGCUGGAUUCUACUAGCAAGAGUGAAGAAGUUUGUGGUGUAAAAAGAAUAGCAGAUUUAAUGGUGGAGGAUAUUUGGAACCUAGAGUUUAGGACAGAGGAUGAGGCUUGCCAAUUUUAUAACACUUAUUCUUGUUGGCAUGGAUUUGUAAUGAGGAAGGACGACAUGGUUAGGGAUAAUCAAGGUAGAAUCAUUAGCAGGCAACUUGUUUGCAACAAAGAGGGGUGGAGGAAUGUGAGGUAUCUUGAUCUGGAUGAUAGAUCAAGGGAGGCAAGGUCACUAACGCGAACCAAGUGUCCAGCUCGGCUUAGGGUAAAGCUUGAUUAUGGCUACGGUAUAUGGAAGAAGGGUGGAUAUCGUCAUGCUGGCUUCACAUGCAAAGAUUUGUACAACCACAUUGAUCGUUAUCGUCAGUCGAAAGUUAAAAACGGGGAUGCCAAUGCGGCAAUAAACUAUUUGAUUGGCAAGUCAAACAACGAUCCGCUGUUCUUUGGAAAGUAUACGUUCACUAGUGACGAAAGGCUCGAGCAUAUUUUUUGGGCAGAUGGGCAGUCAAUUAUCAACUAUCACUGCUUUGGGGAUAUUGUUGCCUUUGAUUCAACCUCCAAGAAGAAUAAAUACAACAAGCCUUUUGUCAUUUUCUCCGGAUGCAAUCAUCACGGGCAGACUGUUAUAUUCAGCUUCGGCCUACUAUCCGACGAAAGCACAGAGACGUAUAAGUGGUUGUUGGAAACUUUUGUUGAAGCGAUGGGUGGGAAAAGUCCUAAAGCAGUAAUAACUGAAGGAGACCUUGCCAUGCGAGAUGCAAUCAAGAAUGUUCUUCCUGAUGCGACCCAUCAGUUAUGCGGAUGGCAUUUGCAGAGAAAUGCAUGUGAAAAUAUAAAGAAUCCUAAUUUUCUGCGCGAUUUUAAGUGUCUUAUAUACGACAACAACGACCACAGAGAGUUUGAUCGGAGAUGGGCAGCCAUUUUGGAUAAGCACAACCUUGUUGGGAGUACCUGGAUGGAAAAGACGUACGAAACUCGUGCGAUGUGGUCCCAUUGUUUCCUCCGGGAUAAGUUUUUCGGUUACAUAAGGACGACAUCACAAUACGAAGGUAUAAAUUCUCUCAUCAGAUUUUAUGUUAAUCGCAAGAACACCCUCAUUGAUUUCAUGCAUAACCUGGAUAGGGCCUUAAAGGAGUAUAGAAACAAUGAAUUAAUAGCUGACUUUAAGUCUCAGCUCUCAGAGCCAGUGAUGAUUACGUCGUUGGAGGUAUAUGAAAGAUCUGCAUCAUGUUAUUUCACGCGAAACAUUUUCAAGGAAAUUCGUAAUGAGAUUCAGAGGGCAGGGGCUUUGAAUAUCAAGGUACUAAGCACAACCUUGGACAAGGUCGAGUUCAGUGUGACUGCUCUCGGAGACCCGGCCAAAGAUCGACGGGUGGAAGUCGAUAGAGGUAAAAAUCUGUUCUCGUGCUCGUGCAAGAUGUUUGAAUCACGUGGUAUUCCGUGUAGUCAUGUCUUCUGUGCCAUGAAGUUCGAAAACAUACUUGAGUUUCCAGAUUCGUUGAUCUACAAAAGGUGGACAAAGAAUGCAAAGAACGAAUUUAUUAUCACAGAAAUGCCUGUGAAUGAUGACAUCGAAAGGGUCUUAAAGUUUCGAGUUGGUGCAUUAGCAUCGAAUUGCAACAAGCUGUGUGAUAUUGCUUGUAAGGAUCUUGCAGACUUUGAUGAAGUCCAGUCUGAACUUGUCAAUUUAGUUAUCCACCUGCAGUCACGCAAACAAGGUAAGUCAACUCCUAAUGUUAACGUGGAAGGCAUCAACGAUCCCUUUGUUGUCAAAAGCAAAGGAGCCCCUUCCAAGAGGUCUUCUUGGAGGAAGAAGAGAGCAUGCUCUAAUUGCCACAAGUACGGUCAUUACUACAAGCGCUGUCCAGAUCUGAUGCAGCAUAGUGUGGAAGGUAAACCUCACAAUCGAUCAGACGGCAAUGCAUCAGCCAAGGACUCAGUUUUUAGUCCAGAAAGGUUUGGUAAUUCUUUGAGGUCGAUCUCAGUUAAGUCCGAACACCACUUAGGACCUAAGACGAAGCCUUUUAAAAAGGGUGGAACAAGGAAGUUUACGGCGACGGGUAUGAGGAACCGGAAGGGUAAAGAUAACACUUUUGAUGAGCGGAGCCUCCAUGAAAGCAGUGAAUCCAUUGACAUCGUGUCCACGAAUGGUUUUUUUAACAAAAAUGUCUACUUGUUAACACAGGUAAAGGAGCCACAGCAGGACAAGAGACAUUCAUUCAUGAACUAUGAAUGCGUUAAUGAUGUCAUUGAUGAGAAAUGUGACACACCACAUGUGCAGAUCGAUGUCCGAGAUCCGUUACCAUCGUCACUGCCUUGUGGCAACAAACAAGGAUCGUACAUGGCAUUGUUCGCGUCGAUGCAUAGGACACUUUGA